GCGGCGGGGACGCGCCGGCGGCGGGCGUGGAGUUUCAAGUGGAGGCUCGAGUGGCUGGCUCGGGGGGACGCGGGGAGAGUGCGGCUGCCGGAAGAUCACCCAGCUGUGGUCCCCAGAGCCUGCAGUUCAAGGCUACCUCCCUGCCUCUACUGAGUGCCCCAAGACCUGCACCUUAGCUGGAGCUCAUCAUGGGGAACCACUUGACUGAGAUGGCGCCCACUGCCUCCUCUUUCUUGCCCCACUUCCAGGCCCUGCAUGUUGUGGUCAUUGGGCUGGACUCUGCGGGAAAGACCUCGCUCCUUUACCGCCUCAAGUUCAAGGAGUUUGUCCAGAGCGUCCCCACCAAAGGCUUCAACACAGAGAAGAUCCGGGUGCCCCUGGGAGGGUCCCGUGGCAUCACCUUCCAAGUGUGGGAUGUCGGGGGGCAAGAGAAGCUGCGACCACUGUGGCGCUCCUACACACGGCGGACAGACGGGCUGGUGUUUGUGGUGGAUGCUGCCGAGGCUGAGCGCCUGGAGGAGGCCAAAGUGGAGCUACACCGAAUCAGUCGGGCUUCGGACAACCAGGGUGUGCCUGUGCUGGUGCUGGCCAACAAGCAGGAUCAGCCUGGGGCACUGAGCGCAGCAGAGGUUGAGAAGAGGCUUGCAGUCCGGGAGCUUGCAGCAGCCACCCUCACCCACGUGCAGGGCUGCAGUGCUGUGGAUGGGCUGGGCUUGCAGCCGGGCCUGGAGCGCCUGUAUGAGAUGAUCCUCAAGAGGAAGAAGGCAGCCCGGGUGGGCAAGAAGAGACGGUGACCCGAGGCUGUCCCCUCCUCACCAGUAGGGGUCUGCACACUUGGACAGCCAGGCGGAGCCUGUGGCCCCUCAUUCAGCUCUGGGGUGCAGGACCUUCCCACCUCAAUGAAGGACCAAGGAGCACUCUGGGAGUCCUGUUCUGGUGCAGCAUUGGGGAGGGGUGGGGGAGAUGGGGUGUCUUCUCUCUCUCUCAUCCUCACCUCUGGAGAAAUGGGGGCUGCAGGACUGGGGAGGCUUAAAUGUAAGCUGUGACUCUACCUCGACCCUGUUUCUUCUUUUUCUUCUCUGGUUUAUUGAUUAAAUGUGUUUGGGGGCAAAAGAAGGUUGUUUGGAGAAUGCAUUUGGGAUGAAUGAGGAUUAUCCCCCACCCUGUGUCCACUCCCCCAACUGGGGUGUCUCCCCAGGCUGCUUUUCUAGGGAUGCUAGUCACAAUAGUCUUUAUUUUUGUGUCUCUGUGAAAGUGCCAAGAACCCCUCCCCACGUUUGUAGAUCCACAACCGUUUUUAUAAACCGUGUGUGUCCUCUGUACUCUUAACUAUUUUUUAGCAUUUGCCUAUAAGUUAUUAAAGACUGAUGAUGUAGCUCUGA